AGGGAUUUGGCCCAAUCUGCCGCGCCACAAAACUCCGAUUGUUUGGCAACCCAACCCUUGUGAUUCCAUAUGUCUCGCGCCCUGCACUGGGCGUUCUUGCUGACGCCCUGCCUGGCCGUCCGCGAUUCCGUGACCGAUGCACUUAGAACGGAGGAGGACAUCCCUGAUGGGUUCGACGAUUUCUUUAGCCACUUCCACGUGACCCCAGAGACGCACCGAGCGAUCCUCCCCGAGCACGGCGAUCCUGCCGUGACGCUCUCGGUAGUCUUCGCCUUGCACCCGGCAGCUUCCGUGCUGGGGCUCACCUUGCCCCCCGGGUACCAGCUCACGGACGCAGCAGGCCUGCAGUCGCCCGGCUGCCCUCAGGUCUUCGCGCCCUUCCAUCUGAACGAGAAGUCUGCCUACGCCAACGAGACGGAGGCGAUCUCUCUGGUCCGCCAUGUGGAGAGCUGCCAGGUCUUGAACGGCCUGGACGCCAAAGGCAACAGCUCAGACUUGGAGCAGAAAGAUGCGACGGUGAUGCUCACCUUGAAGCUGGUCGGAGACCUGCCGGAGCUCUCGAGGAAGGAGCUGGCGGUGGACCAUGGCAACGGGUCCAUCGUGACACCGAUGACCUGGUGGUACUUCCACAUCCGCGUGCUGUACCCUGAUCGCUCCCCGGAGCCAGAGGUGAACCGCUUCAUGCUGCACUGGGCCUCUGAAGCAAACACCAUGUGGGAAGGUGAGACCUCAUUCCAAUCCUGGCCGAUCCUGGGAGACUGGGAGUGCGCCUACUCUGACUGGGAAGGCUGGGGCUCCUGCUCUGCCCGGUGCGGCGGCGGCAAGCGCAUGCUGGUGAGGAGGCCUUUGCUGGCACCCCCCAGUGGCCGAAGCUGCAACGAUACCAUCCACCCGGACCCCGCGAGCUGCAAUGAACACCCCUGCCACUACAGCUGCCAGUUCCAUGAGGAGGAGAUCAUCAAGGGGGAGUGCUCCGCAACCUGCGGCGGCGGCGUGCGCUUUUCGCGCAAGAGGUUCGUGAUUGAUGGAGACAACUUGCACUUGUGCCCGCAGAUGGGCGACCAGUUUUCGGAGGAGUUGGAGCCGUGCAAUACCGAGCCCUGCAGAGCCAAGUGCGAGCUCGCGAAGACGUGGACGGUGGUGACGCCCUGCGACGCCGUGUGCGGCAGGGGCCACUUCAAGGUCAUGAAGCAGGUCUUGCAGAAGGAGAUCGACGAUGAGAGCUGCAUCCCGGAGUACAAGUGGCUGCCAUGCGAGCGCCAGCACUGCACUGCGUUCACCGUGUCCCGGACAGUGCCAAACCUGCUUCCGGUGCCGGAAGACAAGGCCAAGCUGGUGCUCAGCUGGUCCCAGAAGACCACGUCCCGGAAGAUUGUGAUCACCGCCCCCCUGGGCUACAAGUUCGGGGAGAAAGACGGCAAGUGCACCAUCUACUUCCACAGCCUGCAGCCGCACCUCCAGUCCUGCAAGGUGGGGGACACGACCAACACCAUCUACCUCAGCUUCCUGACGCCUCUGCCCCCUGCGGAAACUGGUGGCGCUCAACAGGGGCCCUCCAAGCACAGGUAUGAGCUGGGCAUUGACGUGACAACGCCCGAGUGCCCCAAGACUCAUUGGGUGGCCGAUCCCAUCCGGAAUCAGAUCAUUUGCGACACAGAUGCGGACAAGAACCGCUGGGUGAUUCAGUUCCUGCGGGACGACACGGAUGCCGGGGCGGAGCUGAAGGACUCCCUCGGCUUCAUCACGGUCUGGAAAGAAGGCAUCCCGGUGCCCAAGGUGCUGCGGCUCAAGGCGGAGCCCUUGCUGCUUGAAGAGACGCCUCCGGCUGGCAAAACAACGACAACGGUGACGACCACGCGCAUGCACGUGACGGACCCCAACCCGCACACCGAGACGGGCAUCGUGAUGUGCAUGCGGGAUCGCGACCCUGGGUACUGCCAGGGCAGAACGAGCAAACCGGAUGUGACCUGCGGCUGGCAGAACGUGUGCCAGGUUAGGGACGACUAGCCCUGCGGUUUCCUCAGGGCCCUCUUUGGCGCUUGAGAGGCCAAAAAGGCAAAUGUUCAUUUCGCUUGUAUCUUUAGCGGCAUGCUUUAAAGCAUGGUGCCUCCGAGUACCUUGCAAGUUCGCAAGGAGCACUUGUGAGGUUUUGAUCGCCGCACGGGCAGCGAGACGGUUGCAGCCGCAAAAAGAGAUGCCGUGCUCCAAAGGGUG